CAUUAAUUUGUACAUAAAUUGAUUCUACAUUAAAAAAAACAAAGCACAAUUCUAAUAGGAGCUAGUAUGGAUAUGGGUCACGUAAGAGCACUGUGGCAACAACUCAACAAUCCCGACGGCGUAUCAUUCCGGAAAAGAUCCACCGUCGACGCCGAGGUUGAGGUCGACGAGACCAUCGGUUCUACCGAUCAAAUCCCUUCCUUCAACGUUGCGGUUUCCGAUGACGAGGACCCCAUUCCACGGCCGAUCGGAAGAAAGAAGGCAAAAUCCAUUGCCUCUGGUUCGGGAGGGUCCGCCUCUAUUUCUGCUUCUCCCCGCGACGAAAUCGGCCGGGCAAUGGUUAAACAACUUCGGGCGUUCAAUCUCCAAGAACAAGAGAGGAUGAAGCUUAAAGAGAAGGAGUUGAAGCUAAAGGAGCAUGAGGCCGAGAUGAAAGUCAUGCAAACCGACCCCGCGACGUUGUCGGAGUUUGGACGAAUUAUCUACGAGCAAAGAAUGAGAGAGAUCAAGGAGAAAUAUAAUUUUCCUUAGUUUUUUUAUUAAUGUAUCUUUUUUUUUAAAAUUAUUGUCGCUUUUUUUAAUUUAAUUAAUGUGUUUUUUAUUA